AUGCGACGCUCAAUUUAUUGGCGGCAGUCAAGGGUUCUUGCGAUGUUAAUCGACGCGGUCAGUAGACGCCGAGUAGGACUAGAACCCGAGGAUGUUUACAGAAUUUGCGCCCUCCUCAAAGCAAAGAACGACGCACUGUUGUUGCAGAAGAACCAGCCUUUUCUCUCUGGGCUGCACGCGGAGUACCAAAAGAUGGGGCCAGACGCUGUGACACCGUUUCAGCGAACAUUUAUUGAUGGGGUUUUCGCCGCUCUCCCAUGUGCUGUUCUGAACUCCUACCCCUGCCGCGUGGAGGAUGGAGAAACGAGUACAACGAACUCUGCUGGGAUGGCUGUAGCUGGCAAACAGCAUCAGAAGUGGUCGAAGGCGAUGACGAUGGCGACGGCGAGUGAAACUUCUGCAAAUGCCCUCGCGGCAGAUAAUGCAAAUGAUGCAGUCGUGGCAAAGAGGGACGCGGCGAUUCGGUCCGAUGAGGCGCUGGCCGUUGAGGGGCGGAUUGCUGCCAUUUGGGAGGUGGUUCAGGAGUAUCAGUCUACCAACUUUAUAGGGACUGAUGGGACCCAGAAAAUUCACAAGCACUGCAAGGCUCUAGAGCUACAGCUUCGUCAGAUGAAGCCAUUUGAAGUCGCAUCUCUAGUAAGGGCACUCGCUAUCAUUAACUAUCAGGACUACACCUUUACAAAUCUUAUUGCUCGCCGCAGCUGCGAGGUGGCGUCAAAGCUCUCUUCAUCCGAGCUGUGCCGAACCUAUUUUAACCUGAGCAAAUUACAGAGUCAUGACUCUCUGGUCGCUUUUGUCAAUCAAAUUGAGGCUCAAAUGGAAAGGUUCCAUCGAGAACAGAUCCAGUUUGUCGCCAUGGCACUUGAGAGGCAACCACAGAUUGCUUCUGCUCCUGCACGUAUGGCUCCCAAGCUUCUAGCACGGGCUGUGUCCCAUUUCUCUGAGAAGGACGGCAUACUGUACCAUCGAGCAUUAUUAAUUGUGGCUGCGCGUUAUAAUUUAUCACGUCACCCAGCGGUAAUGAAAAUAUUUGAGGACGCCUCUAAACAUUUAGAGAAUAUUCCUGAACGUGAUCUACUUGCACUUCUACAGUCUGCCGUUGACCUCAGUAUCUCUGCUGGGACUCCAGGACUUACAGAGCUUCUGAGCAAGGUGGAAGGUGUCGUUUGCACCAUAGAUAUUCGUCAUGCUGACGCCCUUAUGGACAUCCUUUCCGUGCUUCCUAUUGAUACUAGCGGCAUUAUGGCCAAGUUGAUGAAUCGACUGGUGACAGACGCAGGCAAGCUGUCGAUAACACAGUUAACGUUUAUUUUAGACCUACUCUCGAGUUACCCUCCAGCAAAGGGUAACGCAUGCGUUGCAGCACUUGCCUUCGCCGCUUCCCUCCGUGCUGAAUUUUUUGAUAGAGAAGCACUGGAGCAGGUGGUAUUGAGCCUCGCCCAGAUUAACCUGUUCUCAGACGAUUUCUAUACACUGGUAUUGGUUCUGCAAGAGAGUAAAGGUGGCUUCCGAAGCUUUGACAAGUUGGCUAGUCUGAUGAAGUGGUGCUCGCGAGAAGUCGUGCUGGAUGUGCGAGGUCAAGACAUGAUCACGAAAGGAAUUUUAAGCCUGGCACCCACCAUGAAUGAUGAAGAGCUUGCUGAGACUCGUAGGCUUUUGACGCAGCUUGGUGUGAAAGACAAGAAUGUUCAUCAAAUGAUAUUUCGCCGCGCCAAACAGUUGCAGCGCGAAGCAGGAAGUCGUUGGACUCGGCGUGGUUACACCAAUGCCGCUGAUGACUUCACAUAG